AAUUUAACUAUCAGAUAUCAGAUGUAUACUUACGGCCACUUUGUCAUUGCUGAAAAAAAUAACGGAUACUUUUGAUUUCAAUAUCUAUCUGUAAACAUCCCUUUGCAAAUAAAUUUCACGACAGAGCACUUUGCAUACAUGUUAUAGUGUAGAAUGCAUUCUAAUUUUAAAUAACGUUCUGUUAGUUUCAGCAGUUAGGAAAGUGCGGUUGGUGAAAGCGGAUGUACACUUCUUACUAUCUGCCACUCGGUCGCUAAAUAGAAGAAAGCUGAGUAAAUUGUUUUCGCGGCUGGGAUUCAGCAAUCCUAGAAGAUUUUAUUUUUACAUAUCGUGAAAGUCAAGUGCGCAAUUCAUAUCCGUUGAUGACCAGCAACCUAGUGGUGACAUCGUAUCAUACCGUUGAUAUGAUUUAUGUAUUGGUCUAUUGAACCCUGAAAUGUUUGGUGAAGAAUAGCGGUGUGAAAUAAGGCCUGUCUAUUAAGUAGAAUAUUUGGUUAUAGUUUCACUUAGCUUAGAUAAGUGAACAAGUACAUGUAUCCCUUAUAUAACCAUCCUGCAAAAAUUGAAAAAAUCGUUUGCUCGAGCUUCGUGUAUUGUGCAAAAAUGUUUAAGAAAAAAUAAAUUCUAAUUAAGAUUCAAUCACUUGAUUUCGGUAGCGGAAUUCUCCAGUGGAGUAUUUGUUCAACACAAUCAUCAAAAAGUGGAGUAUUAGAUUAUUGUGUUUAAGCUAGUUGUUGUGAUUUGCAGGCUAUUCGCGGCUUUCAUUAUCAACACUAAAACCUAACAGUUUUCCAAUUGGACAUACGAGGAGGCCAAUACUAAGGAAGAACGGAACCGGAUAUUCAUCACCCCAGAGCUAGUUAUGGGAUUGGAUUUCAUUCAAGGAGGCAGUGCCGAUUACGAAAAUGCACUCAUUCUGGCUGGGUUCGGAAAGUUCCACUACUUGCUGCUAACAAUAUGUGGAUUAAUCUACGCAAAUACAGCGGUCGGCAUAACAAUUAUUUCUUUCGUCCUACCGUCGGCGACGUGUGAUUUUCAGAUGAAGUCUGAAGAUAAAGGCUGGUUAACCGCUGCACCGAUGCUAGGCAUGGUGAUCGGUUCAUAUUUUUGGGGAUGCUUAGCUGACACAAAAGGAAGACGCAUUGUUCUGAUUGCUGCCCUGCUCCUCGACGGAUUUGCCGGGCUACUUUCAUCGAUAACACACAUUUUCGGACUUUUUAUGCUGCUAAGGUUCAUCAAUGGUUUUGCAAUAACAGGCGCUAUGGGCAUAUGUUUUCCGUAUCUAGGAGAAUUUCAAUCUACAAAAUAUCGAGAAAAGGUCCUCUGUUGGAUGGAAAUGUUCUGGACAGUGGGAAUUAUUCUACUUCCCAUCAUUGCCUGGCUUUUGAUUCCACUAACUUUCCGAAUUAGCUACGAAUGGAUGAUAGGAAGUUUCAAGUUUACUUGGGCUUUCAGUAGCUGGAACCUGUUCGUCGCAGUAUGUGCUUUUCCUAGUCUUGUUCUUGGAGUAGCCCUGCAUAUGUUCCCCGAGAGCCCCAAAUUCUUGAUUGAAUGUGGUGAAACAGAUUUAGCUCUUGAAAUUAUAAAAGACAUUUAUGAAUCCAACUCUGGGCGUAAUCGAUCCGAAUAUCCGGUGGAAGUUUUGAAAAGAAGUGAUAAAGUUAACAGUGUUAUGGAAACGCACAACAGAUCAAUACGUACUUUAAGCAUGCGGAAGCCAAAUCAUCUGAAGAUAUUAUUUGGUGAAAUUUGGGACCAGACUAAAGCUCUUUGUAAAAAACCUCAUCUCAAGAAUACAAUUCUUACGUGUAUAAUUCAGUUUGGCAUUACAAGCAGUUACUACACACUCAUGAUUUGGUUCCCGGAGCUUUUCGACCGGUUCGAGGAGUACGAGAAAAGAUUUCCCGACACUCCGGCUUCAGUAUGCGAUGUGUCGUCGAUCGUGCUGGAUAAUGUUAAUGGAACCUUGGUGGAUGAUUUCUGUGGUGGUUCAAUUGAUACAAGUGUCUAUUUGCAUACACUUUUCAUUGGACUUGCAUGUAUUCCCACUAGCUUCUGGCUGCCUUUAUGCGUUCAUCGUUUGGGUGCCAAAUUCUUCUUAAUAUCCAGCUUACUACUGGCAGGAGCAGUUACUGUGGGACUAUAUUUUGUGAUGGACUCGAAGCAGAAUCUAGUUCUUUCAUGUGUAUUUGAGGCAUUGACGUCCAUGGCGAUUAGUACGGUAUACUGUGUUAUGGUGGAUCUAUUUCCAACUAAUUUAAGAGUUAUGGCCGCUGCUUUAUCUUUAACGUUUGGACGAGGAGGAGCAUUGAUAGGAAAUUUACUUUUCGGUUACCUCAUAGAUCUAAACUGCGUUGUACCAGUUGUGAUAUUCUCGAUUAUGUUAUUUAUUAGCGGAGCACUGUGUUUCUUCUUGCCUAGCACGGGAAGUGAAGCUUUAGAUUGAUUAUCCGUAAGUCCAGUUUCCAAGUAUAAAGAUACAAGUGUAGAUAAUAUUGUUAAGGUUUUACAACACUAAAUUUGCUUACCUGUACCAAUGUUUUGUUUAUAUUGAUACAAUAUUAUUAAUUCAAAUGUAUAGGCUAUUCAGAAGAACAAAAUAAACUUUAUGAUUCAU